AUGGAUAAGGUUAUAUCCUUUGCCGAUCAGGCGAAUGGGGUGAAAGCUACGUGGAAAGAUACAAAGGUUAUUUGUAAAAAAUUAGUGAAUAAUGAAUCAAUUUGUAAUAAACCAAUUGAAGCACUUCGUCAUGAAUUAGAAAUGCAUAGAAGAUUGGAUUUUUGUCAAAGAAUAAUACGUAUAUUAGGUAUAAGUUUAGAUGAAAGUACAAAAGAAUAUUCACUUAUAAUACAAUAUGCCGAUAGUGGGAAUUUACGUAAAUAUCUUGAAAAUAAUUUUUCGACAUUAACUUGGAAUGAUAAAAUCAAAUUGGCUUAUCAGAUUACUGAAGGAAUAAAAUUUCUUCAGGGUGAAAAAAUUCUUCAUCGAGAUUUACACUCUGGAAAUAUAGUAGUACAUCAAGGAGAAGCUAAAAUCAUUGAUCUUGGUAUAGCAAAAAGUACUGAAACUCAUACAAAUAUUCAUUCAGGUGUAUUUGGGUCACUUCCAUAUAUUGAUCCUAAAAUUUUAGAAGAUCAUACAUAUAAAUAUAAUUAUAAGUCUGAUAUUUAUAGUUUAGGAGUUCUUAUGUGGGAAUUAUCUAGUGGUAAACCUCCCUUUUUCGGUGAAAGUGAGAGUGUUUUAAAAUAUCGCUUAGUAUGUGGCCAUAGGGAGAAACCAGAAUCUGAUACACCCGAUGAAUACUUGAAAUUAUAUAUUUUAUGCUGGGAUUCUGAUCCAGAUGCAAGACCAUCAAUUAGUCAAGUUUUCAAUAAAUUAGUUAAACUAGGAAGAAUGAGAGGUAUUCAAGACUUUCAAGAUAUCAAAUGUGACGAUGAUGGUAUGCAAGAUAUUCAAAAUGACAAUGAUAAUGAUCUUGAUACACAAGUGAAUACGGAAGAGAGCAUUUAUGAUGCAGCAGAAGAUGAUAAUUAUGAUUUAGACAUUGAUUAA